AUGCAGGUGCCAGCGCCGGAUGGACGGUCCAAGGUGGAUGACUAUUGGGAUCCCGCCAAGAAGGAGUUGUGGGGAGAUCCCAAGCUUUUGGACCGGCUCUUGAACUUCGACAAGGACAACAUCCCGACUGACGUGAUGACCAAACUGUUGCCAUUGGAAACCGAUCCGGACUUCGAGCCCGAUGCAAUCAAGAAGGCCUCCGUGGCGGCUUGUGGCAUUUGCAAAUGGGUGCGUGCUAUGAUUGUUUAUGACCAGGUGGCCAAGAUGGUCGGCCCAAAGAAGGCGGCCUUGGCUGUGGCGGAAGGCGAAUUGAAAGCCGCCGAGGAUGCCUUGGCCAUCAAGAAGGCCAGGCGUCAUGAACUGGGGAACGCUCUUUUUCCGCCUGGGUGGCAAGGACGUCCAGGCAUGCUGGACCGUGCAGGUGCCGAGCUGCAAGCCGUGCAGGAGUCCGCUCUUGUGGAAACCGGGGGCAAGGAAGACAUGGUUUCAACAUGCGAAGAUCUGAUGGGCUCAGUGGGGGGGCUUGGGAAUCAAUGCAGAUCCGGCCUGGCUUCAGAAGGUCUUGGCUUUCUCGUUGCUUGCGAGGACAACGUGGCCAAGUUGCUGGAAGAGUUCGCCACGGCCAAGCAGAAGAAGGACGACUUGCAGCAGCAGUUUGAGGUCUGCACCAAGCGCUUAGUCACGGCCGAGAAGUUGAUCAACGGCCUUGGUGGCGAGAAGUCUCGAUGGCAAGCCUCAUCGGCGAAUCUUGGAGUCCAGUACAACAACCUCACCGGUGAUGUGCUGAUCUCCUCGGGAAUUAUCGCGUAUUUGGGCUGCUUCCUGGCGAAGUACCGCCACGAGUCGGUUGAUUCCUGGAUCUCCUUGAUGCAGGAGAACAAGGUGCCCUCUUCAUCCACCUUCUUGCUGCGCUCGGUGAUUGGAGAGGAUGUGGCCAUCCGUCAAUGGGUCAUCGACAAGUUGCCCAACGACCAGGUCUCCAUUGACAACGCACUGAUUUUGUCCAAUUCCCAACGUUGGCCCUUGAUGAUUGAUCCACAGCUCCAGGCGAACACGUGGAUUCGCAAAUCCAAGGGCGACAAGCUUUUGGUGCUACGUCUUUCACAGACGCCCGGAGCAGUGUGUAAUGCUGUAGCGAAAGUGACAGCGACACACAAGGCGGCCAAUGAUGAACCGCACCCAGAGUCUAGAGACCUUAAACCCUAUACAGAUCAAAGACCUCACUUUACUGGAGUCGAUCAUGCCACCACUCAAUGA